UGUUUAUUGGAUAAAUGUUCAUUGGACAUCAUUGGAUGCAUGCGCUCGCUCCCUCCGUUACAAAAAUGUUUCAUUAGUCUCUUGAGCCGAAUCUAAACAGACUCGUCAAAUGUUCGAUAACGUGAACAACGAGUGUGCACAAUUAUCAGUCUGAUUGUUGGUUCAGUGAUCGAUAUAGAACGCCUUCUAUUCUAUCAUAUCGCCUUCGACUAUAUUUUAUUUAUUUUAAUUUUGUAUAUCAUUGAUCCUUUUAAACACCUCAUGAAUAUCAUCUUUUCUUUAGACAAAGAGUGCAUAAUUAAGAAUAUAAAUAUAUUAAAAUUAUUAUUUAUUGAAUUAUUGUAUUAUCAAAGCGUAUCACGUGGCAUGUAACGUAAUCUAGCUAUUUUAUUUUAUUUUUACGUAAGGUGUAGGAUUAAUCAACAUACAUCUUAAACAACAUUGCGCCAAACGAUGUGAUAAAGAAAGAUUAUUCAUUUAUCUCAAUUUGAGAGGAAAGAUGAAAAAUUGUAUUCGAUAUCAUGGCGUUUUGGUGAGGUUAGGAGCUCAUUUCGAUGAUCUUGUUUUAGCACGCGUUCUCGUUUCAACAAUCAGGAUUUUACGAAUCAACCGCGCGCGUUAAUUAUUACGACACUGACAUCGUUUGAUGACUAUCUUGACGAUCGUGACUCGGACUAAAUGAACAUUGCUUGACCUGUUGCAGGCGUAGCAGUAUGGUAUGGUAUCAGUGACUGAGACUUCCCCAAAACAUGAAGAAGCAUCCUCACAUCCUCGCGUGCAUCUUGCUCCUGUUGCCUCUGGCGUUGAGUCUGAGCUUGCAGGAAGACGACCUAGUCUUUGACGACGUCGGCGAAGACAAUGACAACGUGCCCGUCGGGCCCGUCUUGAUUAAUCAUCACACGGCCCGCGGUCGAUUCGAUCGUUACGAGCACGGAUCGUCAUCCCAUGAUGGCAGGAGACACGCCUCUCGGGUCGAAAGGGCGUGGGGCGUGCCGGACUCCAUCGUCCCGGUCGGCCACGUUUUCAGGAUGAAAAUACCGCGCCAAGCUUUUUCGGGGAACGUGGAUUUUUACGAGGUUCAUGAGACUGCCAAUCUCGAUCGUUUUCCACGAUGGAUGCACUGGGAUGACGCCGCGUCUACGCUGCUGGGCGUGCCGUCGAAAAAGGACAUGGGCAAUUAUCAUUUGAGCGUCACGGCUAUCGGCAAGCAUCACAACACCGCCAGGGAUCAGUUCGUCGUGCAAGUUAUACCUGAGAAACUGGAAGAACUCAAGCAUAAAGACGGCAAGGCGCAUUGCGAUGACGGAGAGGAUCAGACGAUCCUUGCAAUUUUGCUGGAUGCGCGAAUGGAUCAACUGUCGCCUAUCGCUAGAGUGAAUGCUAUUGAAAAUCUCGCGGGUUUUUUGGGAAUGCAUACGAGCGCAUUCUCGAUGCAUUCCCAAGGCAUUAAGGAUAUAACCGCUUUGGAUUCCUCCAUCAUCUAUACCGGAUCCGGGAAUGUUAGACAUCAUGAAUACAAAGAGAGUCAUUUGACUGUUAUCCAAUGGCAGGUUGGCUGCGACGGUCAUUUAUGGAAGCAUCAAACGGAGUUAGUAAAACAAUUACGCGAACAGGCGAAGGAUGGUACUCUAACGGAAGUUCUGCAGCUGCCUGUGAUUUCGUGGCGCGUCAGAACGGAUUCAAGUUCCUUCUUAAGAAACAGACGGGAAGCCGGUUCUGGCGACUACGAUUCAGAUGAUUAUGACGGUUAUGAUGAUAACUAUGAUGAAUACGACGAGGAAGACGAAGAAGGUGAUAACGAUGAGUCCCGAGUACCGCCAACACUCAUGCCAACAGCGGAAAUACCGGACUUCAAACACCCGCAUAGGCAUCAUCAUGGCGAAGAAACGAUCGAUUGGAAGAGCGAAGAUAUCGAUGAAGAUGUGAUAAUACCAAGAAUGAGUCAAAGCGAAUUAGAAAAUAAAAUUACGUCUACGCCGGAACAAAGUAUAACGAGAGAAUCCACGAGAGAAUCAACUACUAUAUCAACACCAAUUGUCGUGGACAUCAACAUCACUACUCUAUUGCCUGCAGUUAUGCCAACGAACAUUACUGUCACGACUACGACACCUGUAGUCGUAACUAAUGCCACGAUUACGACGAUGCCGUCAUCAUCGGAUCAUCGCACAACAUCGAGUACAACAUCACCCACUACUAGCACGACCACGACCACGACUACGACUACUACCACUACUGUAGCACCUACAAUUACCACAGCUCGGAUAACGACGACAGAUCGGACAACUAUAGAAUAUGGUAUCGAAUAUGGCCAAGCUAAUUUCCCACCGAGACGCGACAGGAGAUUGAAAAAGAUACCGGUAACCGCUGGCAAACCGUUAAGCUACGUUAUACCGGCCAACACUUUCAUUGAUAUUGAAGACGGUGACACGAGGCAGCUGAAAUUAAGUUUAUAUUGGCAAGGCGCACCACUUAAAACAACUCACUGGCUCCAGUUCAAUCAUCAUACCCAGGAAGUCUAUGGAUUACCCCUCGAAAACGAUAUAUCUACAUGGAAUUACGAACUGGUUGCGACAGACAGAGAAGGUGCCAAUGUCACCGACAGUCUUGAUAUUCAUGUUCAACAGCACAAGCUGAGUCGCAGCGUUAAUCAUGAAUUUAGUAUUUACUUGAGAAUUGACAAACGGAACGAGUUUCCAACAGACGUUGACUGGGAACUCAAGGUCAUUCGAAACUUGGCUGAACUUUAUAGAGACAGCAAUACGCAACAUAUCACGGUGCGUUCCAUUGAUAUCGACACUAAUCAUGAGCAAUCUAUUUUCAUAUGGACUAACGAUAGUCUUCCAAGAAGCAGCGAAUGUCCGAAAGAAUAUAUAAAGAAUUUGUUGCGUGUACUUAUCGACAAUGAUGGAGAUCCUUCGUCUUCUUUAAAAGCAGCUCUUGCUCCAGAAAUUAGAGUUAAGCGUGUAGUAUUUCAAGGUAUUGGCCAAUGCGAGGAUAUGAACCGUCCCGAAGUACCGAAAGUCUCUAUCGAAGAACCGAAAGUUAAUUUACCGCCAAUUCCAAGGAAUCAAGUCGAUCAUGUCAAUGCAACAGUCGGCCAAUUACUUGUGUUUAAAGUGCCAGAAGAUACGUUCUUCGAUUCUGAGGAUGGAUCUUCACGAAACAUGAAGAUGUCACUUUUGACUAUCGACCGAAAACCUAUUCCAUCUCACGAAUGGCUACAGUUUGACAGCAAGAAUCAAGAAUUUUACGGUGUGCCAAUGGAUACCGAUAUUGGUCGCAAGGAAUAUCAAUUAGUUAUCACCGAUAAAGAAGGUGCGAGUGCCACAGAUGGAUUAGUCGUCGUCGUUCAUCCAGCACCUUCCAUGCAACAUACAGUGGAAUUCUCAAUGACACUGGAUAUCCCUUAUGAUUCUUUCGCACAUUCCGCACUUCAGAAGCGGAAUUUUAUUGAGAAAUUACGCGAUCUCUACGGAGACAGGGACACGAGCGCUAUCUUGUUGCAUAACAUUUCGAAUAGCAGUACCGUUAUCACAUGGCACAACAGAACUCUACCUACGUCAUACUGUGCUCACGAGGAAAUCAACAGACUACGAUCCGUGCUUGUAAAGAGCGACAAUGAUCGACGUUCUGUGACGGACGAAGUGUUGGAUGUGAUGGGAUUGAAAUUUCCAGUAAAACAGAUCACAGUAAACCCGACAGGGAUUUGCCUCGGUGAAUUAACGGGUGUUCAUUCGCCAGAUAGCCACGUACCAGCGGUGGAUGAUUCCACAUCUGUCGGUGCGUUCCACGACGAUUAUCUUCUCACCUUUGUUCUGCCGGCAAUUAUUAUCGCUGCUAUGCUCAUCUUGGCGGGAAUAAUCGCUUGCGUGCUGCAUAAACGAAGGCGCAGUGGAAAAAUGAGCGUCAGUGAACAGGAUGACGAGCGGCAGAGUUUCCGAAGCAAAGGAAUUCCUGUAAUUUUCCAGGAUGAGCUAGACGAGAAACCAGAUCCCGGUAAUAAAUCACCUGUCAUUCUUAAGGAGGAAAAACCACCUCUUCCACCACCCGAGUAUCAGAAAACCGAGGAUGGUGCCGAUAUGCCGAUGCUGCCAAAGGAGAAUUCCGAAGAACCAUACCAACCGCCGCCGCCAUUUGCCACAAAUCGUGACACUAAUCGUCAAAAUCGUCCCAAACCCACUCCGACGUACAGGAAACCGCCCCCUUAUGUGCCUCCCUAACAAAAUACGGUGCAUUCGCCUACGCGUAAAUAUAUGUUAGCAAUGCUCGGAGACUCGCCAAUACAUAAACAAAACCAAAUCAAUUAUAAAAAGCAAUCUCGAAUUGGCGACGAUGACGAUGAUCAUGGGACUCUGAACGUUUAUAGCGAUGUUUGAACGAAGGCCAUUUUUCAUUCACUCAGUAUAAGACAAUAUACUUGUACUAACUACUGCUUUGCGAGGCGUAAAUGGAAGAUUUUUCCGCGAGAACUUUUUUCGAACCUACGCGUGUUUUUACUUAUUUUAUAUAUACAUACAUAUAUAUGUGUAUGUGUAUGUGUAUGUGUGUGUGUAUAUCAACAACGGCAUGUCUCGUUACGAUUUAUCGAAAAAAAAAAUAUUCUUUAAUCGAUAUUCGAUCGAUAUACAUUCUUUUUCAAUUAUAUUUAUAUUUCGUGCGAAAAAGGAAAGAUUUUCUAGGAAGUAUGGGAAUACAAAUCACGUGUUGCCUUUCGUAAAGAAUUCAAUUGUAAGAAAGGAUCCACUGCUCCGAACUCAAUACGCGAAUUUAGUUUAGAUUGUUCAUAGAAUCAAUACAGCGGUAGAAUAUAAACGUAUUUUAUUCGGCUCUGUAGCAUUCAAGACAGCAACGAUAUUCGUAAAUAUUUCAAUAAUCAGUGCCAUUUAUUAAGCAAUAAGGGUAUCCGACUGUAAAUGACAGCGCGUACGUAUAAUUAGUACGAUUCUACGUGCGCGGACUUAUCCGUGCGAUUACUAUUUACAGAGAGUCUUCAGAUAUCAAGAACGAUGGAUUAACGAAAUACAUUAUAUUAUACACUUACAACGUAUAACACUGCCAGAACGACAAAUGCGCGAUAUGUCGCCAAGCGAGAAGGUUCGAGAUUAUAUAUAUAUAUAUACGUGUGUAAUACAUAUAUGUAUGUAUGUAUGUAUGUAUGUAUGUAUGUAUGUAUGUAUGUAUCAUGUAUUUUCUGAACCUUCCAUUUAGGAAAAUUCGUGGCGAGAUAAACGAAAUUGAGUUAAAUGUCAUUCUCGUGAACGGAUAAAAAAAUUAGCUCGCUUGGUGAUUACUAUUAGUUAAGAAGAAAAUUUCAGAAAGAAUUUAAACAUUUUUGAGACAUUUAAAGAAACGAUUAUGAUACAUGCAAUGCCAUUGCAAAAUGACAGCAAAUGCUUCCAUUGGCACAGUAGGCCAUGCAGAUAACUUAUUUAAAAUAAAGAAACUAAUGAUAAUAUAUACAAAUAUAAAUAUGUAUAUUAAUACCUAUAUUUGCUGUUCGAUAGACAUCAGUCUACAGUUAUAUGGACAAAAUGUAAUUUAAAAAAUACUGCCAGACCAAUCGAGUUACUAGCAUUUACUUUUGGCUACGAAAGAGAUCCAUUAUUUAUUUUACGCACAAUUUUGACGCUUUGCAACUUGUAUGACUUAAUAACUGCAAUAAUUCUUUUUUUAUUUCUCAGAUCUACAUUUAUAUUCAUGAACGCGAAAGAAAGAGUUAGCAUCGAAGAGUUAACUCAGGAUAAAAACAAAAAAACAUUGAUGCGCACGUACAUAAGAAUGAGACUAUUUAAUUUAGACUUUACAUAGUUACCAAGCCAAAAAGUAAUUAAUACUUAAAAAAGAAGAAGAAAUAAGGUAGUAUGCCGUAUAUUUGUAAUUGUGAAAAAAAAAGAGAAACAUGGCUCGCACUCUUUAGGCCGCAUUCUUUUACAAUAAUUUUUAUAAUUUUUUAAUCGCUGCUUGCGAGACGCACACUCGCUCAUAUAAUACAUAUACAUAUUCACACACGCGCGCGCAUGCGCAUCAUCUCAUCAUUUGUACGUCGGUGCGUCGAAAGAGUGCGGGUACGUACAGCUGUUUCUUCAAUACCUCGAUAGUUUCCUGAUAUUUUUAAAAGGAAAUACGAGAAAUAAAAAAAAAUUUCAUUGUGCGUUCCGAAUUUUCAAGAGCUCCGUUUGUCGAACACGUCCGUCGAUGUACGGCGAGCGGGUCGCAAUGAAUUUGUAAAUGCGCCUAUAACUAGUGUGAAUGCUGAUGAUUAAUACGUAUGUAAGAUAACAACGAGGAUGUUUCAUAUGUGCAACUAAAUAUUACGAUAUAUUACGGCUAAUUAAUUCGUGUCCUUGUAUAACAUAGAGGAUUUAAAUGUAUGGCAAGAGGAAAGCACGUGUCACGUGAAGCGUGACUUGCCUAUAGAUUCUUUUUCUUCUUCGCGUUCGAAUGUAUCAAAACUGGCCAGAUUUAUCUAUAAUCCCGAAGAAAUGCACUUUCAUAUAUAAUUAAACGCGUGAUUGUACUGCUUUGCGAGAGAGGAAAAGGAUCAUCGCAGUCGCGUGUCAAAAACUUUCCUCACGAAUAAUACCCCUUUCAUCGCUCGCGUCUUGUUUAUAGCAGAAUUUCAUAAGAAAGAGAGAAAAAAUAGCGAUAGUCGUCCGUACGUCGUCGGUACGUUGCUUUACGACGUUUCAUAUCACGAAUUAAUAUGUUUUCUUAUUAUUUUUAUAAUACGAAUAAAAAUCUAAUAUUAAAUCUUAUGUUAUGAUUUGAAUACAAUAAUCCGUAUUGUCGCUCUAAGUGAAAUUAUAACUCAAAAUUAUGAUAUUCCUUUGUGCGCGAUUCUCAUUCAAAGAAUAAAUAUAAAUGUACGCAUGAGCUAUUAGGACUGAUGUUUGUAUAUUCAUUUCUGCUAAAUCAUAACUCAAUUCAUAACUUUUAUUAUUAUUCGAAAUCCUACUUAUUGUUUUAGACGAGAUCCUCACAAAGUAAUAAUGCCACUUAGUUAGUGAAGAAAAAGUAAUAUUGUUGAAAAGUAACAUAUAACAUUAUUAUAGUACUCGAACGUCGAUGGAUACUCGAUUAUAAAUCAAGAACGCAAUGCAUCAUAAAUGGAAAAGCGUCAUAUUCCGUUUGCGAUCUGCGAUAAACAAGCACAGAUUCAUAUCAUGCGUCUAAUCAUAUCAUUGCUCAUCAUUGCGUAUUUCUUAAACGCUGCAGUUACAUUACUGUGAAAAUGAUGAUAAUAAUAUAAAUAGACAUAUAUGAUAUUUAUAUGAUAGAAAUACUGAAAGAGGACGCUUCGAAGGAGGUGGAAAAGAGAUAAACUUCACAAAUAGCGCAGCGAAUGCUUUUUCUGUUUUCUGGCCUGUAAGAAUAGAUCGAAAGUAUUUUAUAACAAUGUAUGAAAGCAGAAUAUAUGAUGGAUUAUUGCGUAACGCUAAGACUUUCGACCGCUUUCUAAAAAAAAAUCGGGCUAAUCAGCGGGCGCGACGUAAAAAAGUUCUACUAGAGGAAAAAGAAACUAUCAUCGCUUAUACGAACGUGUUGUAUACAUAGCUAUAUAUGUUUACACACAUUUACGUUAUUUCAUUUCGUAUUACGAUUCUAGAUUAGACCAUCUAGAAUUUAUACGAAUUUAAUUCUCUUGUUUGGAAAAAGAGAUAAGUCCAUGAAAACAUAGAUAUUUUGAGGCGCGGAAAACAUAGAUAUAUGUUGCGCGGAAUGAAAUAACGUAACGUAUAUCAUAUACAUACAUAAUAUACAUUUAAAAAUAAUAUACAGGAAUUUUCAAAUUAUUUUUCUUCGUUGUGAAAUAUAUAUUAACGCAAAGCUUUUUUUUAUAUCGGAAAGAACUUUGUUGUAGUAUGUUAGUAUACUCGCGAAAACAGGGCCGGAACAUUUUUUGUAUCAAGUUGCUUUUUCUGCUGAGUAAUGAAGUCAUUGAUAAUUACUUUUUAAAUUUUUUACUACAUAACAUAUCUUGAAAAAGGAAAAUGAAAGAACCAAAAUCUAUGAAAAUACGGCAUAUCGAUCCGAGUCCUCUAAAAUGGAUCACACAUAAUUAUCUUAAGGUCCUGUAAUGAUAUGACGAGUAAUAAAUGGAAAAAUUAUGUCGAAUUAAUAAUAUACAAAUAUGUAUCUGAGACUAGUAUACUGGAAAAGAAACACGUGUAAAGUUAAGAGUUAAUAAAACCAUUUUAGGAUA